AAAGUUCGGGUUACAGGCGGAACGGCCAAAACAAAAGCACUCGUAGUCGAAGAGCUUUGGAGCAAAGCUCGCGUGUCUAUGCGCAGUGAAACCGUUAGCCGAAUCGGAUCGAAUCGAAACGAAACGAAUCGGAAUCACUCACUCAGUCACUCUCAACUCACGCAGCACAAAGGGUGGGUGGCUAAUCGUCGAGCGGAGCAGUCGAAGAAUCUGGGCGAGAAUCGACCGACCAAGUGGCGCUAAGGAAAGGCUACCAAGGCUAAGAAGGCUAGGAAGGCUAGUAAGGCAUCCGGCUACCAAACCACCGAAUUUCUCGCGAUUUCUUCAGCCAAAGGCCCGCAGCAGCGACGUGUAUAUCUAGUAUACAUCAUCAUCAUGUUAUUUAUGUGUCACCAAAAGGUUAUGAAGAAGGAGGCCGAGGAGAAGCUCAAAGCUGAGGAGCUCCGUAGGGCACGAGCCGCUGCUGAAAUCCCCAUCAUCUGGAUCUUGGGCGGACCCGGGUGCGGCAAGGGCACUCAGUGCGCCAAAAUCGUGGAAAAAUACGGAUUCACACAUCUGAGCAGCGGCGAUUUGCUGCGCAAUGAGGUGGCUUCUGGAUCGGACAAGGGUCGUCAGCUGCAGGCGGUCAUGGCCAGCGGUGGCCUGGUGUCCAACGACGAGGUGCUGUCCCUGCUGAACGACGCCAUCACGCGUGCCAAGGGCAGCUCGAAGGGAUUCCUCAUCGAUGGAUAUCCGCGUGAGAAGAACCAGGGCAUUGAGUUCGAGCUGCGCGUUGCUCCCGCCGAUCUGGCGCUGUACUUCGAGUGCUCCGAGGACACGAUGGUGCAGCGCAUCAUGGCACGUGCCGCUGCUUCGUCUGUGAAACGGGACGAUGACAACGAGAAGACCAUUAGGGCGCGCCUCCUGACCUUCAGGCAGAACACCAAUGCUAUCCUGGAAUGCUACGAGCCCAAGACCCUGACGAUCAAUGCCGAGCGUGACGUGGACGACAUCUUUCUGGAAGUCGUCCAGGCCAUUGACUGUGUGCUGAAGAAGAAGCAGCAGAACGCCGCCCAGUGCUAGUGGAAUGCUCAUCCACUUGGAAACCGGUACCAAAGUCAACAUUUUUAGUGCACUUUUUAGCGCGAAUCACACAAUCUCAGAGCUGAGCACAAAUGAAAGCGAAACACCAAAUAAAUUAGUCUAAAUCUAUAUUAUGUUACCCAUAUUUAAUGGCAUUACUCUUCAAUCCAUUGCAAGCAAUAAUUGAUCUAGUGCUUUAAAUAAAUUUACACAUACAAAUGGAA